AUGAAUCUUCGUCAGCAAAUUACCCAGUUCUUAUCGCUAGCCUACGUAUUUUCAUCUGCGUUUAUGCUAUGGAAGACAUUGUCUGUAGUGGCAAACCUGCACUCCCCAAUUGUUGUUGUUUUGUCGGGGUCGAUGGAGCCUGCUUUUCAAAGAGGUGAUAUAUUAUUCUUGUGGAACAGAGAUCAAAGACAAAAAGUUGGUGAUAUUGUAGUCUACGAAAUUGAAGCCAAGACUAUUCCAAUUGUACACCGUGUGUUGAGAGAACAUCAUAACCUGGAAAAGCAAUUGUUGUUGACCAAGGGGGACAACAAUGCUGUCGACGAUUUGUCAUUGUAUGCGAAAAAGCAAAAUUACCUUAAUCGAAAGAGUGAUUUGGUAGGAACAGUUAAGGGUUACUUGCCAUUUAUCGGAUACAUUACCAUUCUAAUUAGUGAAAAUAUGUAUUUCAAGUUUGGUUUACUUGGGUUGUUAGGUAUUUCGUCGUUAAUAAGCGGAGAAUAG